AUGUUUGCCUCAUCUGCGAUUGCCUUCACUCUGUGUUUGUGCUGGCUAAAUCCAACUUUUGGACAGGACUGUCCAAGUCGACAGGAUUUACAGGGCUCUCUUAAGCAGGUCCAGAAGCUCCUCUCAGCUUAUGAAGCCUCUAAUUUGCAAAGUCUACGCAACCUGAAGAAGAAAAUUAACCUGUUGCAGAGCGCAGCUGGAAAGCAGACCACAAAAGCCACCAAUAGUACUUGUCCAAAACUGGAUGCUCCCAUCAAUGGGAGGAAACUUGGCAGGUCAAUGAGUGUUGGCCAUGAGGUUCACUUCCUGUGUGACCCUGGAUAUGAACUAGUCGGAUCAGAAAGUAGGAUUUGUCAGGAGGGCUUGACCUGGAGUGGACAGCAGCCUACCUGCCGAGACAUCAAUGAGUGUGCGUGCUCUCCGUGCCUGAAUGGUGGGACAUGUGUGGAUGAAGCAAACAAGUUCUCUUGUGUCUGUGCCAAAGGCUGGGCUGGAGCAACCUGUCAGAGCCCAGUGCCAGCAAUCUUCGUCAUCAUGACAAACACCUCUGCGACCACCUCCCCAGCCACUAAUGCUGCUGCUGCUGCCACCCUGCCUGCUGCCACCACAGGACCUUUUAUCCGUCCAUCACGCUGCACAAUAACACAGGGGACUACCCACUGCACCUGUGAGCCAGGAUACACCAUCUCUGGCCGGGACAGCAAUGUCUGCACUGAUAUAGAUGAAUGUGAGCUGUUCCAUAACGGCCAAGCUGGGAGACUGUGUUUGCAUGCUUGUGUGAACACACCUGGAGGCUACCGCUGUUCCUGUCCUGUUGGAUACAAUUCGACCCGUGAUGGACGCAGCUGCAAAGAUAUUGAUGAAUGUGCCACCAGACAAAACAACUGCACCAAGGAUCAGAUGUGCAUUAACACAUAUGGAGGGUUCCAGUGUGUGCGUGUGGAUUGCCCUAAAAUCCCCCAUGCUACAUAUGUCAAGACAUCCCCUAUGCGCUGUGAGCGUAACCCCUGCCCUGUGGACAACAAGGCAUGCUCUCAGACCCCAAAUUCCUUCUCCUAUCAUUACUUGGCUGUAGUCUCCAACCUGUCAGCUCCUCGGGUCAUGUUCAGAGUCUCAGCUCUGCGUCCAAUGGGUGACACACUUCGUUUCUCCCUGCUGGGUGGAAAGCUAGCCCGGCGCCACUUUACAGUCCAGCGCUCAGACCGGCAGACGGGUCAGUUGAUGCUUGUGAGCCCAGUGCAGGGCCCUGCCACGCUGGAGGCUGAGGUGGAGAUGAGCGAGCUGGAGAAGGGAGUCCAGCUAGGGAGGUUUAUCACCAAAGUCACCAUGUUUAUUUCCCAAUAUGAGUUCUAG